UAUUACAAAAUAAAUGCUGGAUCCCCGUGCAAUUCAACCUUUUUACAAGUUUAUUUAAAGAUUUUAGGGUUCUGAGGGUUGCAUUAAUCACCCACCAUGUUCGGGGUCGACACUUGGUUUCUGGCGGAGCUGGCUCCGUGUACGGCUCAUGCAAGAACCGAAAAUUCUCGCUAACGGGUGAAGUUAAACCGUUUAUUACAAAAUAAAAAGAACUGAUUUUAAAUUUCCAAUUGUUUUUCCAGAUGUUAGACAAUAUUCUCUAUCGUUAUUUCCAGAUGCUUGGCAAUGUUAUAGCCUCUAUUUUCAAUUGUUCUCCGUCCAUAUGUUUUCAAUUGUUUGUUAAGUGGUCCGUAGGCAAUGGUGUUACUUUUGUAACUGCUCUGCGAUUUGUCGAGGGCACGUAUUGUUUCGAAGUGUGGAAAGCUAUUAAGACCGAAACCGUAUGGGACUUUCCUCCAUCAUAGAUAAGGUGCUACUGAUCCCCGAAAAUUCAGUCUGUAAGUAGCUUUCUACUAGAUGACAAAAAAGUAGUGUUCUAACUAUGCGAUGUUUGAAUGCUGGAAGCAUUUCUCAGAAGUUGGCAAUAAAAUGCAACUUUAUUGCACUGAGAGCAGGCUCGGCCAAGAAAGCGUGGAUUUGGAGGGGGCAGGAUCUCAAAGGUACAGGAUGGCGCGCACCCGCAAAACCCUGGCCAAGAGGUGUUAGCGAUAAGGAAAAUAAAUAUCUGAUGCCGAAAAAAGGCUUUGAUACAGAGACGGUAAGUAACAUUAAUAUCUAUUUGUAUUUUAACUGUGUUCAAAUUGCCAUCGAAUUUUCAUUGCUUAGUGUCGAAGGUUCAAUACAUUUUAUUGAAUGUAGUGGGUUCCCACAAGGCUUUCAAACUUCGUACUUUCUUCUAGGUGGCGAUUUUUGCUGACUCGCAAUGGCGUCCCGUCGUGGAAAAAAGAGUUACAUGUCCCCAAAACUGGUAUGUGAAUUCUACGCCCGGCGGAAGAUUUAUACAUGUAGGACGUGAAAUUCUCCACUGUCAAAUCCAAACAGAAAAAGCACCUCGCUACGUCGUACUUCUUGUGGGUACAAAUGACAUGAGUCGUCAUUGUCAUUUGAAGAGAGUGGAAGAAGAUUUCACGAGCUUUUUGUUGACUGCAAAGCAAAGGUUUCCGCAUUCUUCCGUAAGUAUAAGGACUCCAUUGAUGAAAUUUUAUCAAUACUUAUUUGCAACAUUUUACCGAAUUUAUAGUGAAAGAUGGCUAAAAGAAAUAUUUUUUAUUUGUAGAUAAUAGUCCCCUCCAUUGCGCCUAGGCUGGAUGAGGCGGAUGCAAAGAGAGGGAUAUACUUUUCAAUUAUGGAGAAAUGUUGCCGCGAGCAAGAUAUCCAGUUCUGCAAUGUUGAACAACACUUCAAGAAGAAAGAUCGCCGACUAUGGUCCUCGAAAGAUAGCAUUCAUCUAAGCGAGGACUAUGGAUUGCCAAGUUUAAUUGCCGUCCUGGAAAGUGUACUACUUGAGACGGAGCGAAUAGAAACGGAAUCUAGAUCUGAGAUAGAAAGAGAGGAUCAAAAUGGAAUUCCCACUUCGCUUCCUCUGCGUAAUGUGGUCAACGAAAGUAGAACCAGCUGGCAUGUGACAGGCAAAAAAAACAGUAUCCGUCGAAAAGUUACGAAGACACUUGGACAAGGAACCGUCAUAGACAACGUAUUCGUUAGAUGGAAAUGGAUAAAAGGCGUUAGUAAAAAGAGAGAAGAAGAGAAUCGUGAAAAUCGUCAGGAUAUUCCUCUUGAAAGGAAGCAAAAAAGGAUUAAGCAAAAGAAAAAGGCUGCCAUCCCAAGAGGAGCAAAGUCUAAGUUUUCCAAUCGGAAUACGCUGGAUUCACCCGAUAGUUCAUGGACCGAGGAGUGGCCGGAAUUAAAUAGAAGAAGCAAACCUUCUUGUAGUGGUGGCCCUCGAAAAACUGCUUGGUUUGACAACAAGAAAAAAGAUGAUGAUGCAAUAUCAAUCGAAACAAAGUCUCAGUCCGCUAUUCGUAAAACGCUGGAUUCACCCGAUAGUUCAUGGACCGAGGAGUGGCCGGAAUUAAAUAGAAGAAGCAAACCUUCUUGUAGUGGUGGCCCUCGAAAAACUGCUUGGUUUGACAACAAGAAAAAAGAUGAUGAUGCAAUAUCAAUCGAAACAAAGUCUCAGUCCGCUAUUCGUAAAACGCUGGAUUCACCCGAUAGUGCAUGGACCGAGGAGUGGCCGGAAUUAAAUAGAAGAAGCAAACCUUCUUGUAGUGGUGGCCCUCGAAAAACUGCUUGGUUUGACAACAAGGUACACAUUAUUUCAUUCAUCGUUCUGCAACUAUUUUUGCAUUACAAAUUGCACAAGGAAACAGUUUAUGAAAGCCUUCUAAGUUCUACACCAACCUCUAAGUUCAAAAAUAUUUUUUUUAUAAAUUCAACAAAGUUUUAUUGCUCAAUUCUUUUUUUUUGCUUUCAGAAAAAAGAUGAUGAUGCAAUAUCAAUCGAAACAAAGUCUCAGUCCGCUAUUCGUAAAACGAUAAACAUUGGAAGAAGUCAUGAAGUGGAAGAAGAAAUAAGAUGGAUUAGUAAAUUGGAAUCAGGCGUAACUCGUCCUCCAGGAGCACCGGAGCUUAACAUGAAACCAGUAAGCGAUUUGUUGAGGUCAAUUUGCCAGUUCCCUGACAGUCAUGUUGUAAGCAAGCUGCACCUUCCCGUUUCAAGCUUGAAGUACCUCGUAGGGAGUAGAUGGUUGUCGAGUGAUUUGAUUCAUCGUUUUAUUGCCCUCAUAAAUUGCUCAUCCAAUGACACUCAUGCCAUUUACCUAAAUGAUGCCCUUGUGAGUAACCCCCAAACGUUUUCUAAGCAUUUUACCAAGGACAACCUGUCAAAAGAUUUAAGAAAAUUGGUAUUUUGCGUAAAUGUUGGGAGAAAAGGAAAUAGUACGUUUGUGGGUGGAGAACGAUAUCAAGGCAAAUCAAAUCCAUCAGGUUGCCAUUUCACUGUUGCUGUCUACCAUAUCAGCAGCAAGAUUCUGUACUAUGGCGAUUCGCUUGGGUGGGAUGUACCAGAAGAUUUGCCUUCGUCAAUAACAAAUUGUUUAAAGGCUGUAGGUUUGCUGACUGAAACGGCAGACCUUUGCAUUAAGUCUCUUCACGACCCAAAGCAAGGGAGUUCAACACCUGUCCACAUAUGUUCUGAAAACUGCUGGACCUAUUUUCCGUUACAAAAGGAUGGUCACAGCUGUGGUGUUUCGACCAUUAUGGUUAUGUGUCUUGUAGCUUUUGACGAAAAAAGCUUUUGGUCUCUAAAAGGUCCCCAAAAACAUGAAUGUACAGCCUUCCGGUUUUUAGGGAAUGUUUCACUUUACAGCGACUAUUUGAGAGCAAUACUUAUAACAUGGUUGAUGCAAAAUAGCAUAGAUUUGAAACUUUUCUCUGGUAAUGGUCAAAGCAAAGCUGCAUGCCAAUAUUCGAACAGCUUACCAGUUUGUCAUCAGACCAAAGAAAUACCGCGUUCAGAUGACGAAUUGCACUCGUCGUUUGAAUCAUUUAAAUCGGUUGAUAUACAAGAUAGUAACGAAUUAAACAAAAAUAGGGAGAAUAUUGUGAAGUGUGAAGGGGAUGAUCCCAUCAAUGGCAUCAAAGGCUCGUUAUCAAUUUUGAAAAGUGGUGCUAAUUUAGACCCAAGUACCUUCACUGUAGCGUGCAGUGAAGGUGGCACCAGAAGGUGCAGCGAAAGUGCUCAUCAUCUCCAUUGUACAUUAUGUCCCAAUUCAGUGAAAUUUGACUUCCUUUCCAUUGCCAAACGCCAUGUUCUUCACGUGCAUCUUAAUGAAGCCCGUGUUGCACACUUUGGCAAUGAUAUAAUUUUACCUUGUAAAAAAUGUCAGUUCCAGGGACAGAGGUCUAAGGAGGGUACACAACACUACCAUUGCCCGGUAUGUUCUACGACAAUUAGGAGGAAAUGCAGAUUUAAAAGUCAUCUUGAUAAACAUUCAAAAAAUGUUGCAACUGAAGAAUUAAAACACUUUUCUAAUAAUCGUGAUAAUCGAGAACAUAAUCGAGAACAACGCGAACAAAUUGAUAAAGCUGCUAAUGUAGAGGAGCCUGUUAAGGUAGCUAGAAGGGAACAGCACAUUGAGCGCGAAACGUGCGGUAUGUGCCAAAAACUUGUUACAAAAAAAAACUUAAAUCGACACUACAAAAGAUGGCAUGAUAUGGAUAUAAGAUUUUCCGCAAUAUGUUGCGAUAAAACUGAAGGUUUAUACAUGGUAAAAAAGUCAGUGCAUGGAGGUAUAGGUUAUCCUUUACAUGUCCAAAAAUUGCUGAAAAGUGGCCUUGUUGAUUGUGAAGACGAUCGAUGUCGCGAAGAGAUGGCGAUUGCUGCAAGGUCAGGCAUGAAUGGUAGGGAAUGCCACCAUUUACUCUUAGUUAAUAAUGCUUUUUAUCCAGAUUUGGUUACGUUGAGUGAAGAUAAGCUUUAUGAAUUGGCUUCUGAUGAUAAAUACCGAAUUUUAUCAGAGGAAACCGUGAACAGCUGCUUGGACCUUAAGUACGGUUGUAAUUUUUAUAACCAUCCACUUGUUGUGUCAUGGAAAGAUAGCAACUAUAUUCAUUUAUCCGUUUAUAACAGCAAAUACAUGAACAUACCAAUUCGCUCUCGAUGUGUCGUUUCCUAUAAUAGUUUAUCUGGUCGUCUGGACUGCAGAUGUCAAAAUAAGAAAUACUUCUGCAUUCACAAAGCUGUUUCCCUUUGGUAUUUGUAUGAAAAAAAUGAAAUAAAAGGCUUAGAUUUAGGGCACGAUAAGCAGCUUGGUACUGAAAAUACGCAAGAAAUCAACGACGAAACAUGUAAACAACCUCAAGAUUUGUUGUAUCCACCAAAGUCAACAAAUGCUGUAGAAAAUAUGAUAAAGUAUUCCCUUUCAAAAAAAACUAUUCCUUUCCCGCUCCCAGAUGAAUUUGUUAAGGUAUCAAAAAAAGAUAUACCAAGAUCUUUUAAACCAAUUGAGACUGAAUGCCAUAUUUGUAAGACAAAACUGAGCCGCCCAGUUAGGAUAACCCGGAAUGCAAGAGUAUUGACUCUAACAGGAUUUCUAGAUUCGAUCGAAACCUUUUUUGCCAAAUGUGAACAAUGUGACAGUUACUAUAGAUAUGAAGAAUAUAAGGAUGGGGUCCACAAUUUUGACGAUAUUUUUUUGAUAGGGCUAGACUUCUGCAAUCUCCUGCGUGAAUGCUUGAAAAAUCAUAUGGCGGUUGGAAAAGUAUGUGCAAUUGCUGAGGGAUUGCUGAAGACAAAACUCGAUAGUAAUUUAAUUCUAAAUUCGUAUUUACAUUUUGAAAGCCUUAGCAAUCGCACGUACGAAUUCAACUGUGUCGAAUGUGGCUAUUACCCACAUAUUCUUAUAGCCGACGUUAAUCGCAAAGUCGCUUUUAAGUACAGGGAACCCGAUGAAAAAACUGAGGAACAAAAUUAUUCAGAUGCAGAUGAAGUAGACUGCAAAAAGUUUUGGGAUGAUGUUACAAUGGAAAUGGUGAGCAGGGGAUGUCGAGGACGCAGGGUAAAUGAAAUGACGGUAUCUCCUAAAUUAUCCAAUUGGGCUCCAUAUAUUGGUGAGAAAAGUAGAAUUGGCGACGUUAUUUAUAAUUCGGAGCAUCAGAAAGUUCAUGCCGAAAAUGACGACAUUGAAAUAGAGUGUAGGGAAAUGUCGGAAGAACGUCUGUUAGAAACUUUAUUUGAAAGCACGUCCAAAGAGGUCAGGUUACUUGCUAAAAAACUAGGAGUGGCCGCAAAAGGAUCAAAAUUAGAUAUAAUUAAUCGUAUUAAAACAGGUUUGGGAAAGAAUAAUAUAAAAUUCAAUAAAAUUUUUAGGAAAAUGUUUGGGUUUUCUGGUGGAUGGUUGACAGUCGCAUGUCAGCAUGGAAUUAUCUAUGCCAUUAAAUUUCUGCUUCGUUCCGAGAGCCCCCGAGAUUAUUUAGAUAUUUUACGUGGACUCCGGCAUAGGCCAAACAUAUUUAUAAAUGAUAUGGCCCACAUCGUAUCAGCAUUUGCUAACAGAAAGUUCAUUGGAUUUUUCUCACCAAACGAUGGCCGAGCCGCUGAGUCAACAAAUGAGAAUGUGCAAAUGGCAAAUGACGGAACAUUACAGGUAUCCUUUCCUUGGAUAAAUUCAGAUUGUAACACAAACAGAAAUUUAGAACCUAAUUCUCACCCAGUAACAGGUAGUGCACACCAUUUAGCACUUUUCGACCGACUCCACGAAAAAAACACCUCUAAUGAAGUCGAAGCUCUCCGCCGUAUAGCUUGUGUUAAGGAACUUUCGGGUCAAAUCAAUAGUCAGGUUGCAGAGCAAAUCCACGGCUCGUUUAAUUUAAACAGGUAUUUUUUAAAUAAAAUGUCACCAUCCAACCACAUUUUCAUGUUUCGCUCGAUUAUUGAUUUAGUGAAUGAAUCUAGAAAUCUAGUUGUCGUUUCAGAAAUGGAAAAAAGGACCAAACUCAACGUUAGGUAUGACCUCUUUGGACGCGCAAUAUUUUGCCAUAAAAGUGGAAAAGGGAGGGAUUAUUCUGAUUUGACAAGAGAUAAAUGCAGUGACAGACAAGAUUCCAAUGACAAAUUCUUCGAAUCAAUGCGAUCCAAUGAUUCCAACAAGGAACCCAACGAUGCACAACCUAAUUUUUUGACUGUUGAAGAGCCUGCUUUAGACCCUGAUUACGAAGAAUUUGUCAAUGGAUUCUUGCAUGAGGGCAGUGCAAAGAAUUGGACUUCCUCGCCCAGUGGUGUCAAUAGAGGUAAGGACAGCAGUAGGGCUUCCUCGAAAUUACCUUCUCCUAACCAAAGUUACACUGCAAUUUCAACAAAUGAAGAAUUUUUUCAAAUAACAGAAAACAGCAUUCUUGCUGAUAACAUAGAUGAUAGUAUUGUUUUUGUUACCAACGACGAAGCCGGAACAGCUAAGAGGUUUGACGAAAAUACAGGUAGUGGUUGCGGACAUGAUUUCGUACAUGUUACGUCAUUUUCAAGUGAAAAUAAGGUUACAUCGUCCGAUCAUGCACCCUUUGAUCUCAACGAAAAUCAUCUGCAUGAUAUUGAUUUGGGUUUGCCAGUAUCCUCUUCGAUUAUCAAUGCUGCCAUGGGUGUAAUGCGGCGCGAAUUCCAAAAUGUGGAAGGACUUCAUCAAAUAUCUGACUUAUUGACUGUUUGGGGCUCUGGCAAUAGGUUUAUACAAAUUAUACCACUAAAUGAUUCCAAAAAAUAUACUGAUUGGGGAACUUUAUCAAAUAUGGUAUCUUCAGAUAAACAAAUCCACUUGUAUGACAGCCUUUUAAGGAAUCAUCUUUCGAAUAAUAAAAGAGAAUGCAAAUAUGAUAUUUCGAUCGAGGCUUAUGCGGCAAGGCUUAGGCAUCCAAAAAACGACAAAUUUGAGAUUCAUGUUGCUGAUACGGUUUCCAGUCUUAGAGAUUCAGAUAGCGGAAUAGCUGCCAUAUUCUUUGCACUAUGUUUAUGUCGCAAAAUGGACCCUCAGGUAACAUAUUUCAAUUUAAAGAACUUGAGAAAACAUCUCAUUAAAGCUUUAAGAAGCAAAACAUUUGAAGGCAUACAAUUUGUUAACUCUCCCAGAGAGUCGUCAGGAACUAAAUUCAUCAUUAAACCUUCUUUUUAUUGCCACUGCAACUUGCCUGACAUGAAAACUAAAAUGAUUUGUUGUUCUUCUUGCAAAUCUUGGUAUCACUGUGAUUGCGAAGAAGAUAUUCACUCAUCCCCAUGGCUAUGUAGAAAAUGCAAGAAAUUGAAACGUCCAAUUAAACGUGUUUUGAGUGACAGCGAUGAAUAUGACAACAUGACAUUGCUAGAGAGAUCGCACAAAAAGGCAAAGCGGGGUGUUAAGGCAACAACUAGAAAAAAACGGCCAUGUAAGAAAAAAACUGUCAAAAAACCAAGUUUUAAGGAACUUCUUGACAAAGUCAAAUCUAUGCGUCCAAAAGAUAGCUCAUCGUCAAACGAAAGUGAUUGUUAACUGGUGGGAAAUGCAGUAUCUUUCGUCAAACUGGUACAGCAAGAUUAAUCAAAUGCUUCUUGUAUUCAGAUGGUUAGCUUUAUGUAAAAUCAUUGUAUUUUGGUAUGGGAUAUUAACCCAAAAACAAUACCUGCUAAAAGUCUUUGAAGCAGAAAAUAAAUUUAUGAUUGUCUGCUGUUGAUUCUCACUCUCCUCCACCGAAAAGUGUUGGUUUAGGCAAUAUUAAAUGGUUUUGUGCUGUCUAAUGAAUGCCUUUCAGAUGUCUAAAACAUUG